AUGACUCUGACGAUUCUGAAUGAAACUAUGGAGUUUUCAUUUAGUGAUGAUCUAAUCACUAAUACCAACUCCACCACCAACACCAACUCGGCAUCGGCAAACUACCACCGUGAAGAUUUCUCCUUCGAUUAUUUUGACCAAAAUCCCGUUGAACCCAAGAAAACUUUGGAGGAUUACCAUCAUAUAGAUCCCGAACAACCAAGCAACAUCAGCAAGGAAGAGUUCCUGUCUCUAGAUGAUGAAUUCCUUGCCAUGUUUCAAGAUCCAAUAGCUCAUUCUGAAACAGUGGAUAAUACAAUAUGUCCAUCUACAAAUAUGAAUUGGUAUAUGGAGUUGGCACUUAAUAAUUCCCAGACUGAAAACACAAGCACAUUGAUUCCGCACAAAGAAGAACCCCACAACAAUGUUCAGGAAGAAGAGAACAUGAUGAAUUUGUUUGAAGCUACAUGCAAAGAGUUGGACGAAUGGAAGAGCUCAAUCAAUUUAGAAGAGUUUUUGCCCGAACUUGUCAGUUCCACCAAGCACAAGGAAGUCUACUCCAAGUCACAAUCUCCCUUACAAUUGAUUACUCCUACUUCAAUCAACACUUCUGCAUUAAACACAGGUGAUCCAUGGACCGGUCUCAAUUUCGAUCUCAAUCCAGAACCAGCCACAACUCAGCAUUGUUUCCCACCUGUUCCUCCUGAAUCAUCAUACUCCUCAACUAUUGAACCACAACAUUUCCAGCAUCCUGUAAUUACACUUCCUGAACGCAAAUCCAUACCCCCAACAGAACACAAAUCCAUAUCUUCACCUGUUCCCAAACCAAUCACCGCCCUGACCAAGAAACGCAAAUUAGAUUCCCGUACAACCAAACUCGACUUUUCCCACAUUGACGUUCCAUCAAUUGCUGACCUCAGUUACUCGGCCAAACUAGCAAACCACUCCCCCAACGUCCCCACCCCAGCGCAAUGCCGAAUCCUCAAUGAGAAACUAAUCCAGCCGUAUUCAUGUUCUGAAACGUGUCAUAUUCAACGAACUCUUUACCUCCGUGAAGAUUUAGAAGUAUUAUUGAAACCUGAAUUUAGAGGCGAGUUCGAAUUGUCGCUCAAUCAGAAUUUCAAAAAGACAAGCUAUGAAGCACAAUAUAUAUUGACCAAGUUUGACAGGUAUGGAAAGCCUGAUAACACCACACGUGCCGGGUUGUGUCCCUAUUGUGAGAAGGUGCAGUUUUUUGGAUUGAAGAAUUCAAGUUAUGGUAAUCAUUUGGCUUACAAACACGGGAUAUUGACUAAUGGUGCCAGUGUCCCCGAUCCGAAAUAUUACGGCAAAUACAAGUUUAAGAAGGGCGAGUAUGAAGAGCCCGAGAAGAAAAAGAGAAGAACCAAUGCACAUUUGUUGGAAAGAGAAGGGGUGCUUUGUACUAGUUGCUGGCAAAUAUUGGAAGUUAACUGUACUAGUAGAAGUUCAGUAUUGGGUCAUUAUCUUAGACAUUAUAGAGAUUCACAUGUGGGGAACAAGAAGGAGACCUCUACCACCACAACUUCGGCAUUUUCAAACAAGUACGAUCCCAAUGUGGUUCAAUUCACCAGUAAAUGGAAGACAAAAUAUUAGACUCUGUUAUAUAUAUAUAAAUUUCUCUGUUAAUAAAAAAAAAUAUACUUACUUCUUGGCACCAUAUUUAGAAACAGUUUUACCAUCUGGAAUAGUAAAUAAUACAACUGGCUUACCUUGUUCAUAAGCACGAUCAACUCUAUAAUAACCCUUUCUUUCAAAUUGAAUAACAUCACCCACCUUCAAUUUACCAACAUUCAAAUCAGCAACGGCCUUGGUGUGGAAUUCAGUUUCUGGAGUAAUAAAGUUUUCGAAAUCGUCACCUUCUUCUAAUUUGUCCUUGGUGAUUAAAUGGUCAAAAUCAACUAAAUCAACUUCAACCUUGUCGUCAGUAUCAGCCAACCAGGUCAACUUCUUAGAAGUCUUACGGAAAUCACCUUCCAAGUGUAACUUAGCAUCAACAGAAGUGACAACACCUUCAGUGUUCUUGUGAACCUUGGUGACGAUAACAUUACCCCAGUCCAUAAAGGUGACUUCUUCAUUAUCAGCCAAUUCCUUAGCAUCAGUUUGGUCAAUCAAGACCUUAUUGGCAUAGACAACUGGCUUGGUACCAACAUCAGGGUUCUUCUUGUGCUUUGGUUUGGUUUCAGUGUAUGGUUCAGCAGGACCGUCCAAGUUGACAACAACGGCGUUUUCAGCUUCAACAGCAGUGAAUCUAGGGGCAACUGGAUCAAUAACCUUCUUGUUCAAAGCCCAGAUAACUGACCAGUCCAAGUUGAUGAUGUUUCUCGAUGGACCUUGGGCAAUAAUAAAGUUACGUAAACCUUCAACAGUCAUACCUCUUCUUCUGACACCUCUGACGGUAGGGAAACGUGGAUCGUCCCAGUUGGAAACGUAUUGUUUGUCGACAAACCAUUGAAGCUUUCUCUUGGACAAUAAAGUUCUGACAAAGUUAACUCUGGCGAAAUCCCAAAUGUGGACUGGACGCAAACCGAGUGCAUUGAUGAUCCAUUCGUAUUGGGCGUUACGGUCACGGUAUUCGUUGGUUCUAAGGGCGUGGGUCACUCCUUCGAUGGAAUCAACGACUGGGGCACAGAAGUCGUAAGUUGGAUACAUCUUCCAUUUGUCACCGGUACGGUGGUGAGGAGUCAAGUUACAUCUGUAAAUGACUGGAUCUCUCAAGGUCUUGUUCAAGGCGGUGUAAUCGAUCUUGGCACGAACACAGUUCUUUAAUCCGACUUCGGUACCGUUCUUCAUUUCUUCAGUGAAGAUUUGCAAGUUUUCUUCGACGGUACGGUUACGACGUUCACUUGGUUCACCCACCAUUCUUUGUUCUCUCAUCUUUUCCAACUGAGUGUCAUCACAGUAAGCGUUACCAUCUUUAAUCAUCUUGACGGCUAAUUCGUACAUUUUGUCAAAGUAGUCGGAAGAGUAAGAGACAACAUCACCCUUGACACCCAACAAGGCCAAAUCUUCGACAAUGGAGUCUUGGAAUUCUUCCUUUUCCUUGGUUGGAUUGGUAUCAUCAAAUCUGAUAAUCAACUUACCCUUGUAAUUGUGAGCAAAGUAUUCAUUCAAGAUAGCAGCCUUGGCGUGUCCAAUGUGCAAGUAUCCAGAAGGUUCAGGUGGGAAUCUGGUGACAACCUUACCCAUUUGCGCGUCUGGCAAUUCAAUGUCAAAGUUAGCCUUGUGGGUUUCUUUCUUACCACCGUUUUGGGCUGACUUGGCGGCUUUACGCAAUUCAUUGACAGACUUGGUCAUGAAUUCAACUUGGGAUUCAAAACGGGAGUCGCUGGCAAGGAGAGCAUACCAUCUGCUGACAUUGGCGUAGACUUGGUGCUUGAGCACAGAACCCAUCAAGGCAUUGGCACGGAGAACGGACCACACAGUAAUAUCGGCGAUGGAAUAGUUGAAGCCAACCAUGAAGGAACGCAAGUUGAGGUGGGCGUCCAAUUUUUCCAAGUCGACCAACAAGACCUUGAAGUUCUUGAUGUAUAAUUUGUCAAUGGCGAACUUGAUCCAGGUGGAAACGCCGUCUGGGCCAGGCAAAACAUCUGGGAAUUGCUUGGAUAAGAACUCAAGAGCAGAGGCUUGCUCAGUGAAGGAUUCAGUUGGGGUGACUAAUUUGAAACUGGCAUUGGCAUCUUUUGGAUCAACGGACUUGUCGUCAACAAAUUCAAUAGGGAUUGACACAGUGGAAUCACUGGAGUUGAUGAAUCCAACAGCGAUCAAUACUGGGUAGGCCACAAAUUGAGCCUUGGCAGCAAUGGAUAAACUGAAUGACAUGGUAUACAGUUUGGUUGCAAGAUAAAGU